AUGAAUCAACUUUUCAAAACUUCCAGACAGUACAGGCGUUUGCCAAUUUUUCGUUCGAUUUUUCACUCUCAAAAGUACUUUUCUUCACUUACUCCUACCAUCAAGGACUUACUAGCUAAUCCACCACUGCCAGACUCAACGAUAUUAGCUCAGGGUCAUAUCAAGUCAAUUAGACAGGGCAAGAGUGCCGGGUUCAUCGACUUGUCGGACGGCUCAGCCCAUUUGAGCUUGAACGUGAUAGUGAAAAAUCCAUUAGAAGUGCUAUCUAAAUUACAAUUGAAAGUCGGACAGAGCAUUCAGGUUCAAGGAAAAUGGGUAGAGUCUCAGGGAACUCAAGAUUAUGAGAUUGUCUACAAUUUUGAAGAUGUGGCACAUAGCCUUCGUGUAGUUGGAGAUGUUUCGGAGCAGUAUCCUAUCCAGAAGAAGUCGCUGUCGUACCAGUUCUUGCGAAACCAUCCGACAUUGAGACACAGAACUUCAACGUUGGCUUCCUUGCUUCGUUUCAGAUCAUUUGUAGAAUCACUGUUGUUUGAAUUUUUCAACGGCAACAGCUUCACCAAGGUAGUGCCACCACUCAUCACCAGCUCAGACUGUGAGGGUGCUGGUGAGCAGUUUUCUGUAGAGUCUUUGUCUAAGCUCAAUGAAAGUAGAAACAAGACGACUUUGCUGUCUGAAGAUCACUUCUUUGGAAAAUCCACCUAUUUGACGGUAUCAACACAGCUCCACUUGGAAGUGUUGGCGUUGUCGUUGAAUCGAGUAUGGACUUUGACUCCUUGUUUCAGAGCCGAAGACUCCAAUACCAAUCGCCAUUUGAGCGAGUUCUGGAUGUUGGAAGCCGAAAUAUGCUACUUGGGCGACUUGAACCAGUUGACUUCUUUCACUGAAGAUAUGAUUAGACACGUUGCCAACUCUUUGAAGCAGUCUUGCAAUGACAGCAGUAUUUCUGGCGGAGCUGUAGAUCUUCUUGGUUCACGAUUCAACAAGGAAGAUGUAGAGUUGAUGAAGAAUAGAUGGGAUACUGUCUUGAGUGAAGCACUGUGGCCAUCCAUCACUUAUACCGAGGCAGUUGAGAUUAUUAACAGAGUCAUGAACAAAGGAAGACUGAAAAAUCGCUUGCAGUGGGGGGAUUCUAUCCAGACUCCUCAUGAGAAGUGGCUUGCUGGAGAAUAUUUCAAAUCGCCAGUAUUUAUCACCGAUUACCCUACUGCCGAGAAGCCCUUCUAUAUGCCCAAGUCCAAGAACUUCGAUCCGCAGAGGCCAACAGUGGCAUGCUACGACUUGAUAUUGCCUGAAAUAGGCGAGCUCGUAGGAGGAUCCAUGAGAGAGCAUAACUACAAUAAUCUUGUGGAAGAAAUGAAAAACAGAAAUAUGAACCUUGACGAAAUGCAAUGGUAUUUAUCUACCCGUGAAAACGGUACAGUACCUCAUGGAGGAUUUGGCAUGGGAUUUGAGCGGUUGAUAGCAUACUUAUCGGGAAUGGAAAACGUCAAGGAAGUGAUACCAUUCCCCAGAGUUCCUCAAUCCUGUCAUUGUUAGUUGUAUAUAGAUGAUUUAUGUGGUGUCUUGUGAAUAGAACAUAAUAGAUUCAUGACAAUUUUUUGG